GAGCUGCUGUGGUUCAUUCCAACGCAAUGGUUGCACAGAAAAUGCACUACAUGUCCUCUGGUCCGCUGAGGCCAGAAGAGACCUAUGAGUCAGAAUGUAGGAGGAAGAGGAAAACUCUCACUCUUCAAAUAGUAAACUUGGUGGACAGUUGUUUAUUUUUAAAGCAGCUCGUAGGGGAGUCGUGAUUAAUCAACUUAAUCGAUGAAUUGAUUUCUGUUCCUAAAAUCCAACCAGUUCGAUCUGUCUGAGGAAAGUUAUUUAUCCAAUCAACCUAUACCAUUAUAAAAUGGGUUCAAAAUGAUAUAAAUCGAUUGUAAUCAAUAAUGGAAAAUACCAUUUGGAUGGAGGCACAGUAGGAUAAAAAUAACUUAGUACCAUCGCAGCAGACAACACACAUGCGAUAGCAGCAAUCUGUGAGUCACACUGGUUGAAUUUUUGUCUAAAGAUGUCCUGGAUUGAUUUUGGUUCAAUGACUCGAAUCGUUUAAAAUGAACCAAUAUCGGCUAUAAAUUGUAUCAGCAAACACAAAUUGAGAUAUAAAUCGAAUUGUGGUUAAAAUCAAUCGUUACACCCCUAGCAGCUCUAGAUCUAAAAUUUCCUUGGCAUUUGUAAAGGGCAACAGACACAUUUUGUAUACAUUCUCACGUUCAUGAAUUACAGUUGAAUGAGUGCAGAACUCAGGGCAAGGGAAGACUUUUAAGGUUCUAUCUAUUGUGUUUUAGUGUACACAUCUUAUCACAGCUGUCAAGGGGGAGGGAUUUUGUACUUCAGUAACUUACCCGGAGCAGUAGAGAUAGCGAUGGGGAAGGGAAAAGUAGGAGGGGGUUAGGAGAGUGGAGAAUGACUGUGAGGGAGUAAUCUUGCUUUACCCAGCCUUUAAGUGACUCUUGUAUCCAAGGACGAAGGUAGCAACGCAUCAGAACGCCACUCUUCGCCCACGGACUGCUGUGGAGAAAUGAGGCGAACACAUAGGCUCUUGGCAACGCUUACUUUAACCCAACAACCUGCUGGCCCUGCUUCACAGAGCCCCUGGGGUUUGAUGCAUCUGUUUGGAGAGCGGGGACCGAUGACUGAGCAGAUCAUGACCGCAGCUACACUGAAACUACUAGAAGGAUAGGAUCCCAUCUUGAAUGGGUGCUUCUCCUCUUUUUUUUCAUGCUCAACUCCGUCAAAGCGAACAUAAAAAGUCUGGUUGUCUUUCCUUCGUUGCCCGUUCGGCCACUGAGGCUCAAACGUCCCACGUUUGCUGUAUGUUUUUGGCAGAGGAGAACACUGGAAAGGAGGAGGUAACAGGUGCCUGCUUGCCAAGGUGAAUUUGGAGGAACAUCAUGGGGAAAUCAAACAGCAAGCUCAAACCCGAGGUGGUUGAGGAACUGACAAGGAAAACAUACUUUACGGAGAAAGAGGUGCAGCAGUGGUACAAAGGUUUCAUCAAGGAUUGUCCAAGUGGGCAGCUGGACGCUGUGGGAUUUCAAAAGAUAUACAAACAGUUUUUUCCUUUUGGAGAUCCUACAAAGUUUGCUUCCUUCGUCUUCAAUGUGUUUGAUGAAAAUAAGGAUGGACGCAUCGAGUUCUCAGAGUUCAUCCAGGCCUUGUCAGUGACCUCCAGGGGGACUCUGGAUGAGAAGCUGAGAUGGGCUUUUAAAUUGUAUGACCUCGACAAUGACGGCUAUAUAACUCGUGAUGAAAUGCUAAACAUCGUAGAUGCCAUAUACCAAAUGGUGGGAAACACUGUGGAAUUGCCAGAGGAGGAGAACACACCAGAAAAGCGAGUCGACCGCAUUUUUGCAAUGAUGGACAAGAAUGCAGAUGGAAAGCUGACUCUGCAAGAGUUUCAGGAGGGCUCGAAGGCAGACCCCUCCAUUGUUCAGGCCCUGUCUCUAUAUGAUGGACUUGUGUAGGAAUGGAAGAUGGGACCAUUUAGCAUCCUCCUGCUGAUAGUCAACAAUCCAGCACCAUCACCCUGCAGCAGGCGGAAACGCUUACUUAACUUUCAUCACCAAGGGAGCGCACUAUAAAGCUUUGUCGCAUGGCCAAACGACACCUGUGCUGUAGCAGUUCAUCCACAUCGUUGUUGAGGACAGAGGACAAUGACUUUCCUUGGCGUGAAGGAGGAGACAAACUUGUCAGCACACGUGCCAUCGUUUGCUUCUGCAGCUAUGUAGCGCCAUGCACAUUGCUCAGUGCUGGAGCAUCUCUAGAAGGGCAGCGUUGGUCCUGGACGAUCCGGAGAACUGAAUCCCCACAGAGAUGUGUCUUUGCCGCAAAGCAACAGCUGCCACGUGUGGAAAUGUGUAACCCCCACAUGAUGGCAUGAUGGACUUCAAAUCUCACUCCUAAAGAUGAUGAUAAGAAAAUGAACUUAAAAUUAUGAAGCAGUGUGGGGGUAUGUUAUAUAUUAUAAAAACAAAAACAAAAAAACAAUGCUAAAUUAUUUUCUGCCCUGCUGCAUUUAUGAGUAUUUCCUCAUAAAAAUGGAAUGGAUCGUUAUUUUUUAUCAGAAGUGUUGAAAUGUAUUGCACUGCAUUUUGCCAUGGUUAUUAUUGUGUCAUUUCUUUUCUCUUCACUUCCUUAGGUUGAGUUUUCCCUUAAGACAUUCUGGGUUUUCUUUAAGGAGGAAUGUUUAGGUAGCACAGAGUUUAGUAAGGAUUCCUUUACUACGUUUACCGUCUGUGCUCCCUGUUGUUUCUUUCUUCCUUCCAGCACGACUGUAGUGUCUGCCCUGUUGCACGGUUACAUCCUGAACUUACAGCUUUGCAUCUGAAUUGAGUCUGGGAGCAUCACACUCCUCUCUCAACAACAUAAAGCCCUGGUCAUUGUGAGGAAAAGGAGGGCAUCAAUUCUGGUUGUAAAGCUUUUGUGAGGGCUGUGGCUGUAAUUGUCACCUUAGUAUUUAUACUGUGUGAGACCAGAGCAUGUGCCCAAACCUUUGAUUUCUGAUUGGAAUGAUUCUUAUGCAGCAGUUAGAUAUAAUGCUGAUUUGUUUCUGCCUUCUGCAAAUUUAGAUUUACUGUAUUAUUGUAAUUUAUCUGUUAACAGUUUAGGAGCACAGAAUGAAAUGCUAAUGCUAAUAAUACGUGGCCAUUAAGUCAUAUUUUGCCCACAGAAAUUAAUAUUUUGUAUCUACAAAUUAGCAUGUUGCAUUUUUUGCACACAAAUAAGUAUUUCAUGGCCACAAAUUAUUAAAUUAUUAGUAUUUUGUGCACAGACAUUUUUUGUGGCUACAAAUUAGCAUUUUUUGCACACACAUUAAUAUGUUAGUAUCUUCAAUUCCUACUGCUAAUUUGUGGGCCCAAAAUACUCAUUUGUGGCCUGAUAAAACUAACUUUUUGUGCCCAAAAUAUCAAUUUUUGACUACGAAAUGAUAACUUGUGCCCACAAAAUCCUAACAAAAGGCUAAUUUGAAGCUACAAAUUAUUAUUUUGAGUGAACAAUUUUUGUUAAUAAUUUCUUUUUGUCAUUUUCUACUUUUGUUUGGUUAAAAAUUGUGUUUUAUUUGAUAUAUAUGUUUUGCAUCCCAUGUUUUGUUUUUUUAAUUGGUGCGAUUUUUACGGAUGAUCAUAAUUCCAUGUCAAGAAAAGGUUGCACGGUUAAGUAAUGUAUUGUUGGGUGCUGCGUCCAGUAUUGCUUUAGCAUUGAAAAUGAAGGUGUCAUGUUCAGCUUUAGUGCCUGUUGUGCUUUUCAGUCAGUCUAACCUGCCCACUGGAUGGAUGUGGAAUUAACAACAAUUGCUACUCUGGACGGUGUUGCCUUUACAUGGAUGGAUGGAUGGAUGAGUUCCUGGACAGAUAAUAAAAGAGGACAUGGUCAGAGCUUUAAGGGGGCUCUGCUCUGCUUUUGCUGCAUCCUUGAUUUUUUUGUAUUUACAACACGUGUUCCUCAGUGGAGUAAAUCACAAGUGUAUUUUUAAA